AGCAAAAACAAAAAAACGCCAUUUCCCUGUCGUCCCAAAUGGCCACGGGCGCACCGCCGGAGACGGAGCCGGCGUCGACGGCGGCGGCGCGGAAGCUGCACCACCUGCUCCGCUCCCGCGACCUCCUCCCGGCGCUCUCGUACCUCCGCACCCUCCCUUCCCCCUUCACCCUGCUCCCCAACCACGCGCUCAACGCGCUCCUCCGGGCCCUCGCCGCCGCUGGCCGCGUGCGCGCCGCCGCCUCCCUGUUCCGCGCCAUCCCCGCGCCUACGCCGCACUCCUUCAACUCCUUCCUCGCCGCGCUCUUGCGGCGGGGCCGGCGCCGCGCGGCGUCGGCGCUGCUCGCCGCUUUCCUGCGCUGCCCCGGCGCCUCCCCCGACGUGGCCACGCUCAACACCCUCAUCCACGGCCUCUCCACUGCCUCGCCGCGCCCGUCUUCCCCCGCGCUCCUCAGGCUCUUCCGCUUCCUGCCGGAGGCCUACGCCUUCGCGCCCGACGCCAUCACGUACAACUCCAUGCUGGCUGCUCUGUGCCGAGCGGGGGACCUGGCCACCGCGCGCAGGCUGUUCGAUGGAAUGCGCGCGGGCGAGCAAGGCGGGGAGGCUGGCGCCUUCCCUAACGUGGUCGCCUACACCACCAUGAUCAGGGCGUGCUGUGCGAGUAGGCUUGCCGAUGAGGCGCUGUCGCUCUUCAAGAUGAUGCUCGCGGAUGGCGUGCGGCCGAACAGGAUCACCUACAACACCAUGGUGCAGGGCUUCUGCCAGGCCGGAAGGAUGGAGCUGGUAAAGGAGGUGUUCGGGAUGGACUCAUUUAAGCCGGACACGUGCACGUUCAAUACGCUGAUGGCCGCGCACUGUAGAGAAGGGCGGAUACAGGACGCGAAGAAGGUGUUUGAUCAGAUGAUGGAGCUCCGCGUGAGGCGCGACUCUGCGAGUUACAGCAUCGUGACCAGGGCGUUGUGCGAGAACGGUGAGUUUGGUCGAGCAGAGGAGCUUGUGGACAGCCUCUUGGAGAAGGAGGUUCUCAAGAAAAGAGGUGGUUGUGUGCCACUCAUUGCAUCUUACAAUCCAGUUUUUAAGUACCUCUGUGAGAAUGGCAAGGCAAAGAAGGCCAGGUUGUUAUUCGGGCAGCUGCUGGAUAUUAGGAGCAAGGUCGAUUUCCUAGCAUUCAAGACACUAAUCCUAGGACAUUGUAAGGAGGGAGAUUUUGAAGAAGGGUACGAGCUGGUGCUCUCAAUGUUGAAGAGGGAUCUUAUGCCUGACAGUGAGUGCUAUAUUGCUGUAAUAGAUGGCUUUAUGCAGAAGGGGAGGAUGAAAUCUGCCUGGGAGGCUCUUCACAGGAUGUUAAACAGUGGUCUUCGACCUAGCACAAGUACGUUCCACUCUGUUCUUCUGGGGCUUUUGAAGAAAGAUGGCUGUGCGAAAGAAGCCGCAGAUUUGAUAGAGAUAAUGCUGGAGAGGAAGAUCAGGCAGAAUGUUGACCUUUCUACUAAUCUGAUUGGUGUGUUGUUCAAAAGUGAUCUUAAUGACCGUGCAUACAAGAUUACUAAGCAUCUGUACGACAAUGGAUAUUACAUUAAGAUGGAAAAACUAAUCGCGACACUUUGUGAGGACAAGAAGUUCAUAGAUGCCGCGGAGUUUUCUUUGUUCAGCUUGCGGAAGCGCCAUGAACUGGGUGUGGCAGUUCACAGCCAGGUUCUGGAUGGCCUUUGCUCGGAUCGUAGAACUUCAGAGGCAUUCCAGCUUUUCUAUGAGCUAAAUGAGAACAAAAGGACUUCUGCGGUUGCUGCACCCCGCAGCCUAGUCUUUCUGCAUCAUGCUCUUGAGGAAGCUGGAAUGGUGCAAGAAGCUGGUUUUGUUGCUAAACAGAUGAGACGUGCAACUGCCACAACUAGGCGAAGGAGCUAAGGUUUUACUCCAUGUUUUUUAGCAUCUUUGCGGGGAGGGAAGGGAUUCCCACCUGGAUAGCUGUUAUUGCUAACAUGGAUAGCCUGACUCUAAGCUAUUUUCUUACAUAAUGGUGCAAGACCAAGGAUGCUGGAACUGGAUGUCAAGUUGGUUGCCUUUCCUCAGCUGAUCAGCAAGGGAAUGGCUGGUCAUUGAACAAUGGUUGUUUGAUGAUGGAAGAUUGCAUAUGGCAUUAAGGGGUCUGUAAAUGAUUUGAUUUUCUUGAGCUAACUCCUAUCAGCAGAUAUUCAGAUUGCAGAAGCUCAUCUGAUGGUGAGACAAUAGAGCUGCUGCUGCUGCUUCCUGUUCAACUGGAGAAGAGUUGUGAAAAUCAAAGUGUCUCAAAUUAAAAAGAUAACUCGUAGUAAAAUGCUAGCGAAAGAACACCACGGUCUGUCAUGAUAUUUAGCAACCAGUGACAUCGUCCUGUCAUGAUCUUUAGCAACAGCACAUGUCUGGACCACAUGACAGUAUAUGUCUAGGACUCAGUUCGAGGUUGAGAUCGAAGAACUUGAGAAGUUGGGCGUGAAGCUUCAGAACCUGAGCAACAUGCCAUGAUGCCAGCGGGAGUCGUGUUGCUUUCUACUCCCUCUGCUCUGCUCCAUAUUAGAAGACAUUUUGGUUUUUUUUAUUUCAACUGCUUUUGCUAUGUAUUUAGAUAUAUACUGUAUCAAACGGAAUGUAUCUAGAAAAGUAUUAAAAUUUGGAACGGAAGGGAUAGUUUGCGUGAUGAGAAAAAAAAUGUCAUGGUUAGGUAACUGAGAAAAUCGCGUUAAAACUGUUGGUACCUUGCCUCUGAAAAAUGGUUGCAAGUCAUGCAUUGAUUUCUUUUGCAUUCAA